AUGAUCUCGCUCAAGUUUCUCGGCCUUGCUGCGUUGGCAGUCUUCCCCAUCGCGACUCCCACAGCUCCGGCAGCUCGCCAGCCGCCUGCUCGUCUAGGCGGAUGCUUGCCCGUCCGCGGCGGGAUCAUCGAAUCCCUCUCCCUGCCAGGCUUCCAGUUUCGCCGCGCGGAGCCCUUCCGAGCCCAGCCCGUCCAGAGGAAGGUCCAGAACUACGUCGGUCUAAAACGACUUUCUCGUGACAGGGCACCGUACGCUCAGCAUUCUACCGUGUCCCUCCUUAGACAAGUGCAACGCGAUAAUGGCGGGGCCGCCUACCAGAAUGUCACUGCUGUCGAUCGCUACGCCGUUCAGUACGCGGCCGAGGUUGUUUUCAACGGAGUCCCAACCACCGUUGUCGUCGACUCGGGUUCUGCUGACACCUGGAUUCGAGGACCCAACUUUGCCUGUCUCAGCCCUUCCAACCCCCUUUCCAACAGCACCCUACCCGCGGACGCCUGCGGACUCGGCCCUUCCCCCGUCGGUAACCUUUCGGUGCAGCAAAUACCUGACCAACACUUUGUAAUCAAGUAUGGAGACGGUGAAAGUGUCAAGGGCCGUUUGGGAUAUCUCAAUGUCGAAUUCGCCGGCGUAUCUGUCCCUGAUCAAGAAGUGGCGAUCGUAAACCAGGCCGCAUGGCGUGGCAAUAGCGUCACUUCGGGAAUUCUUGGGCUCGCCUACCCGUCACUAACCAGUGCUUAUUGGGGCGACGACCUCGACAACGACAACCAAUACCUGGUUGCGCCGUACUCACCUCUCUUCACUUCGAUGAUUGUCAAUGGAUUGGUUGAGCCGUACUGGUCUCUCGCCUUGUACAGAAACUCUUCGCUAGGGACGGUCAGCGUUGGUGGUAUGCCGCCAGUUGACCUUGGUGGGAGCGAACACGCAUCAACUCCUAUUAUCAUUGCGGACAUCAUCCACCGGGACAUCACUGCGUACAAGCCGUCGUUCUAUACUCUUAUACCUGAUGGCAUCGAAUACGGAAGCACACGCACCAAAGGCCAAUAUCCAUUUAUAUUGGAUUCGGCGACAUCCUUGAUAUACUUGCCCCCGGCCCUAGCUCAAUCUGUCAACGCCCAUUUUGACCCACCGGCGACGUAUCUCAGGUACUACGACUCGUACUUUGCCAAUUGCGACGCCGUACCGCCAAGCUUUGGAGUUCGGAUUAACGGUACCACUUUCUGGGUAAAUCCUGAAGACCUGUUGAACCAGGAGGAGAAGGAUCCGGAAACCGGCCUGUGCCAAACAAGCAUCGGCUCAGGAGGAAGCGGCCCCUACAUAUUAGGCAUAGCAUUUCUCACCAACGUUGUGGUACAGAUGGACAUCGGAUCCGGCAACAUCAACCUAUGGAGCCACGAUACUCACUGAGACUUGGCAGGCGCAGAUUCUCAGGUUCGCCUGGAGAAUGCGUGUUGCGAGGAAAGGGGAUCGACAUUCUGAGUUCGGGUUGCACCCAAUGCUAUCGGCGUACCCUUGACAUGUUUUUUAUGCGCUAGCUAUUUCCACCGGUUUGUUGCUAACAAUACAUGGUGGAAGCAGAUUCA